UGUCCGGUGUCUUUCUUAGGCUUUAGUAAGUUCUAGGGUUUUGCAGAGCGUGAGACGGUGAGAGUGUUCACAAAGCUGAAGAAUUUAGAGGGUUUUAGCGGAUAGGCGAGCACAAACUGCCAUGGAUCCUUCAUCAAUGAACAACCCUGAGCUCCUUCAGUUCAUCAACCAAGAGAAGGAAAGAGCAAUGGUGAACGAGAUGGUGGGAAAGCUUACAAAUGUAUGCUGGGACAAGUGCAUCACUGGUACGCCCGGGAGCAAGUUCAGUUCCAGUGAAUCAGCUUGCCUUGCGAACUGCGCCCGCCGUUAUUUGGAUAUGAGUAUGAUUAUUAUGAAGCGUUUUCAGAACAUGCAAUGAAGGUCUAGAGUUUGACGUACUUUCUCAAUUCCAAGAUGUGGUUCAUUUUUGCUUCUGGAAUCAAUUAUAUACCAGUUGAAGAUGUUCUGUAAUUUUGGAAACAGAUUGUUCCCCCCUUCUUCGAACUAUUGUAUUUCAGCACCCUUACUUAUCAAUUUCAUUUUUGGAUGUUUCAUCUUGUGAUUAAUUUGAUGAAUGAAUUUUUACCAAAA